AGUCCAGUUUUGUCUUCGUUAGAGUCGAGAUCAGAGAUUGAAAUCACAAAUUGAGAAACAUGUGGACGAGUAAAAGCUUGUUAAUAUUUUUUUUGAUUUUCUUUGUCGAUUCAUCACUGAGUGAUGAAACUUUGGAAUUGUCGUGCACAUCGGAUGAUGAUUGUUCAUCCUAUCGCGACAAAAUGAUUGGAAGUUCAUGCGUUAAUCUGCAUUGUCGUUGCUUUGAUUUCAAAACCAACGUAACAGAAGCAUGCAUACCUCGAAAAAGUAUCGGCGAGAGCAUUGUUGGUCUUGGUGAUUGCAAGAAAAAUUCAUGCGUUGUUCCGAACACUCAUUGCAAGUUGGGAAUGAACAAAUGUGUUUGUGAUGAAGACUUCAUUGAAAGUUUUGAUGGAAGUCGUUGCAUUGCACAAACAGUUGAGUUACAACAUCCUUGCGAAAUGAACGAACAAUGCGUUAAAUAUGAUAGAAACGCAGCUUGCGACGAUCGCAAAUGUCAGUGUUUAAGGAACUUCACCCAACACGAGAAUAGUUGUCGAAGUAUGGUGAAGAUUGGAGAGCAUUGUGACUCUAACGAAGAAUGUCAAAAGUUUACGAGCAAUGCCACAUGUCACAACCACAAAUGCAUUUGUGAUGAAAAUUUCUCGUCGUCAGAAGAUGGAAAUGAAUGUUUGCUGCAAGCAUUUCAUGGCGAUUCAUGUAAGCAGACAUCGCAAUGCUUUAACGGACUUGGACCUGGUGCCGUUUGUGACAGCGGUGUGUGUGUCUGUGACUCAAUUCAUCAAAAUGUCCCCGAUAAUAGUCGCAUUAGAUGUAGUCGUAAGUUGAAUUAUGGCGAUGAAUGUAAAGAACAUCACGAAUGCUCGAUUUAUCUUGGCGAAACAACAAUGGCUUGCAUUAAGAACAAAUGCACGUGUCGUGAUGGUUACGAACUGUUCGAUGCAGACCAAAAGAAGUGCGUCAGGAUACCAACUUCGUCUACAUGUUUAAAUUUUGUUUCUUCAUUUUUCCUCGUUUUCAUUGGAAAUUUUCUAUCUUCAAUUUAAAUUUAAUUCAAUCAUUUUUCAGUUAAUCGUGUUAUAAAAUUUAACAUAUUUAAAACUUACAAAUGUUCAGGGAGAUUGCAAAAAUAUGUUAAAUUUUGAGAUAAAAUUUGUCAAUAUUUCUUUAAAUUCGCUAUCAAAAAUUGUUAUUAAAUGAAAAUGAAUAAAUUCAUGUCCAUAAAUAAAUUCACGACAGUAGUUUACGUUGAUCU